AUGUCUUCUAUUGGAAUCGGUUGUUGUUGGGCAUUCGCUAUUACGGCAGCAUAUGCCCUUAAGAAUAAAAGAGAGAUUGUUUCACUCUCAAAACAGCAGUUAAUUGAUUGCAUGUACACUAAAUAUAAAAAGGCUUCCUAUUUUGCUGAUUUGGGAGAGAAGGAAUGUUUUUCAUGUUCAUAUAACAAGGCAUACAAAUUUGCUAUGGAUUAUGGCAUAACGAGGAUUAUAAAGAUAAAUGGAUUUCAAAGAGUAUCGGAAUUGAUCAAGGAGUUGGAAGAAAAGGCAAAAGAGAAGUUGCAUGAAAAGGAAAUCAUAGAAAAGUUGAUUCGGCAACAACCUAUUACUUGUGCUGCUCUUCAUGUUCCAAGUCUUCAACUACAUCGUGGAAAGGGAGUGUACAUGGGACCAACUGAAAAUGAAAUUGCUCAAGUGAGACAGAAGGAAACUGAAGGACAAGUAGUUGGAAAACAUGCAAUGUUAAUUGUAGGAUAUGGUGAAGAGGAGGGCGUUGAGUUUUAUUUGGUGAAAAAUAGCUGGGGAACGGAAUGGGGUUAUCAGGGAUAUGCCAAAAUUAAACAAAGUGCACUCUCUAAAUUAUCGUAUCCCAUUAUAGAUUAG